AUGGCCACUGUGAGCGACACAUCAAAUUUGAAUACUGAGUACGAAGCCGUAGUCGUCGGCGCCGGUCCCGCUGGCGUGACUUGCGUCGGCAAUCUACUGGAGCGGAAAGUCGCACCAAUACUAUGGGUCGAUCACGACUUCAAUGGAGGCCGUGUGAACAGCAAAUACCGAGAGGUUCCUUCGAAUACCAAAGCGGCCCUCUUCAUUGACUUCGCGACUGCCGUGGCUCCGUUCAGGAAGAUCGUGAGCGGUACUCCAUCUCGAUCACGAUGGGAGGAGCCUUCCGGAAGCGAUGGAGUGUCGACUGACGACAAGCCGGAUAAGUUACAGAGUCUUCGCCAGCUUGAUCCACAGAAGGGCUGUGAGCUGAGUUAUGCUGCGGAUAUGAUUAUGAUGCUUACGGAAGGGUUGAAGAAAACUCCUGGUGUCACUGCUGUCCGAGGUAAUGUGUCUGAUGCACAACUGUUUGGGCUUACGGAGCAAUGGAAUGUCAAUGUUCAGGGCCAUAAGAAGUCUGCGGAUCCUGCUGAGGCUUUCUCAGCCACGACUGAAAGAUUAAUAUUGUGCACUGGAUCAUCACCAACAGAUACGCCACUACCCGGCAACACGAAAGACAUUCCGCACUUCGAUCUCGACGACGCUUUGUCGCCCUCAAAGAUGUCUGCUAGACUAUCAGGACUAGGACCGACCACGAUUUCAGUCAUUGGGGCCUCGCAUUCUGCCAUUCUCGUACUACGCAAUUUGUACAACCUAGCAUCCUCUAUAAAACCAGAUCUCAAAAUCAGAUGGCUGACUCGCCAUGAGCUCCGUUAUGCAGAAUUCAUGAACGGCUGGAUCUUGCGAGACAAUACUGGUCUCAAAGGCGAGGUCGCUGUGUGGGCCAAGGAACAUCUAGAACCAGAAAACUUCAAGAAGAGUGACGUGAGCAAGUACAUUGAUGCCAUCACUUACGAGAAGGGCAAAGACGAGGCAACAUUCGAGAAGCAUCUCCCUGGCUCAGACUUCGUGGUACAGGCGAUUGGGUAUCAACGUAACGCUACGCCUACUCUGACAACGACUGAUGGCAAGAGCAUUACACCGUAUUACAACCACAAGACUGGUGGAUUCGAGUACGACAGCGGCUCAAAGACCGACCGCACGAAGCUACCAGGUAUGUAUGGUGCUGGUAUUGCAUGGCCGGAGAGGGUCACGGAUCCUCAUGGCAACGUGGAGUAUGCUGUUGGCUUCUUCAAAUUCAUGAAGUAUAUCAAACGUGUUAGUCCUGAGUGGAAUUGA